UUCAAGAACAGCUCGGAUUUCCUGGUUACCGUUCCCUACAGCAGCAGGAUGAAUGUGGGGGUAGCGCACAGUGAGGUGAACCCCAACACGAGGGUGAUGAACAGCCGGGGGAUCUGGGUGGCCUACCUCAUCCUGGUCGCCGUGUUGCACGUUGUGCUCCUGAGCAUCCCCUUCUGCAGCGUGCCGCUGGUGUGGACCCUGACCAACAUCAUCCACAACCUGGUGAUGUACCUGUUCCUGCACACAGUGAAGGGGACUCCCUUUGAGACGCCGGACCAGGGAAAGGCUCGUCUCCUGACUCACUGGGAGCAGAUGGACUACGGGGUGCAGUUCACCUCCUCGCGCAAGUUCCUCACCAUCUCGCCCAUCGUGCUUUACAUCCUGGCCAGCUUUUACACAAAGUACGAUGCCACACACUUCCUGGUGAACACAGGGUCCCUCCUAAGCGUGCUCCUGCCCAAACUACCGCAGUUCCACGGGGUGCGGAUCUUCGGGAUCAACAAGUACUGAGCCAGCGAGCCCAGGAGGACCCCCAGAGCCUGCUGUCUGCUGCCGUGGGACGGGGAGGGGUCUCUGAGGGUGGGGGUGUGGAUGCAUGGAUGUGUGUGUGUGUGUGAGGUCAGUGUUUCGAGCCCCCUGGUUUAAACCAAGGUGACAGAGGAGGUGGACAGACAGACAGACAAACGGCAGGCUAAACAUCUUCAUGACACGUGACAGCGUGGACCGAAGCACACAGGAGAUGGACAAACUCUGCAAAGGGAACACAGUAACAACCACAGAUUAGAGGGAUCAGCAGUCCCCGUUUCUUCAUAUAUUCUCCUCAAGUGUUCACUUCUCAUUGUGUACACUUGUUUUGGCUACCAAGCUUAGAUUCUGUAUGAUAAUCAUAUAUACAGACUGCUCGGAAUCAAGGCCUUCAUUUUUAAGGAACGCUUUUGGCCAAUAUUUAUUUCCUACCUAUUAAUCAUCCUGCUGUGUGUGUGUGGAAUUCUGUUUUGAAUUCCGUGCGCAACAUUAAUAUGCUUCCCCUCCUGACAGCGUUUGUGGAAGCGCUUGGUUCUGGAACAACUAGUAAGCAUGGCUAACUGAUUAAAGCAGAAACAUCACUAGAGAAUCAUGUCCAUACAAUAUUAUACAUUGUAGAGAGGUAUAAAGGAUACUCUUUCAUUUCUGUGUGCUGUGAGAAAAUGUAUGUGAAGUUCUCUUGAUUUUACUGCAAGCCAGUUUAAAGUAAUUGCAGCUACAAACCAUUCGAAUCUUAGCUGUGUUGUACUUUCAUUGGCUCUAUAGACUCAAACGUGUACGUUUUGAAAGACAUACAUGUUACAUAAAAGAUUUAUUUUCAAACAUGUUUUCUUUCUCCUGCUUUAUUCUCGGGUUAUCUGUUUUACUUCCUGGGUCGCCCAGCAGUGUCCUCUGGGCCGUGUUACUGGCUCAGAGCGUGUCAGUCAACAGGGGAAACAGCUGAUUGGUUAUUGACAGGAAAGAAGAGAGUUGGGGACAAUUAAACCCUCCAGGUGACCGAGCAAGUGCAACAGUAACUGAAAGCAGAGCUUGCAACAGAUUUCUUUAACCAGGUGUAGUACCAGAUGGGUUAAAAUAAAAAAAAAAAAAAACAUGUUUGCUAUAAUUGCACAUUUGAGCCCUACAGAGUAAAUUGAAAUGCACGACAGGUAAGAUUCAUGAAGUCAUUGCGAUAGCUUCAAUCACUUUAAGAGCAGUGCUAGCCUUAGGAGAAAUCCGUGUAUUUGCCAUGUAACAUAUUCACUUGGUGACUAUAUAUGCAGGGCAUCAGUAGCUUUACAGUCUACUGUAGUUUCCUAUUGUCAGUGUCUGGAGGUAGCCGUAUGUUUACUCUGCUGGCUGUGAUGCGGAUCGCUCUGCCGGCUUUGAUGCGGAUCGCUCUGCCGGCUUUGAUGUGGAUCGCUGUGCCGGCUCUGCUGGCUGUGUGCUCACUCUGCUGGUUGUGAUGCGGAUCACUGCCUGCUGUGAUGCGGAUCGCUCUGCCGGCUGUGAUGCGGAUCGCUCUGCCGGCUGUGAUGUGGAUCACUCUGCCAGCUGUGAUGCGGAUCGCUCUGCCGGCUGUGAUGCGGCUCACUCUGCCGGCUGUGAUGCGGCUCACUCUGCCGGCUGUGAUGCGGAUCGCUCUGCCGGCUGUGAGCUCACUGCUGGCUGUGUGCUCACUCUGCCGGCUGUGAUGCGGCUCACUCUGCCGGCUUUGAUGCGGAUCGCUCUGCUGACUGUGUGCUCACUGCUGGCUGUGUGCUCACUCUGCCGGCUGUGAUGCGGCUCACUCUGCCGGCUUUGAUGCGGAUCGCUCUGCCGGCUGUGAGCUCACUGCUGGCUGUGUGCUCACUCUGCCGGCUGUGAUGCGGCUCACUCUGCCGGCUGUGAUGCGGAUCGCUCUGCUGGCUGUGAUGCGGAUCGCUCUGCCGGCUUUGAUGCGGAUCGCUCUGCUGACUGUGUGCUCACUGCUGGCUGUGUGCUCACUCUGCUGGCUGUGAUGCGGAUCACUCUGCCAGCUUUGAUGCGGAUCGCUCUGCUGGCUGUGAGCUCGCUCUGCCGGCUGUGAUGCGGAUCGCUCUGCCGGCUGUGAUGCGGAUCGCUCUGCCGGCUUUGAUGCGGAUCGCUCUGCUGACUGUGUGCUCACUGCUGGCUGUGUGCUCACUCUGCUGGCUGUGAUGCGGCUCGCUCUGCCGGCUGUGAUGCGGAUCGCUCUGCCGGCUGUGAUGCGGAUCGCUCUGCCGGCUGUGAUGCGGAUCGCUCUGCCGGCUGUGAUGCGGAUCGCUCUGCCGGCUUUGAUGCGGAUCGCUCUGCUGACUGUGCUCACUGCUGGCUGUGAUGCGGAUCACUCUACAUUUGGUGCCUUUAUUUUGGUUACGACACAACAUACCCUGUCUAAACAGUUGAGUACACAUCACAGCACUUCAUAAACUUAGUUGGCAGAUCAAAAAAACAUUAUGUUAUUGUAACAAACCUUUUCUGUGGGUUAAAAAAUUCAAACGUAAACUUGCUCUAUAAAAUAUAUUGAAAAUGGUAAUGUGCGGUGGCAUAUUUAAGGCAUUAUUAUUUUGUGUAGACUGUAAAAUUAUAUGCUUUUGGUUUCUACUUCUUAAAACGUUUCCAAUUUAACUGACAAAAGUAAUUAUUUGACUUAAAAUUAGGUGCAAUUGCCAGCAGUGGAUUUGCUUAGUUUUGACAGGUGAAAAGCAUCAAUAAAAAUCAUUGAAUUACUUUUGGAGGUUUGAGUUUUAUUAAGCAUGAAAUAAUGUGGGAACUUGCCUUACUGUUUCUGUUUGUUUUUGUUAACAUGAUGUAUUUCUGCUGAAAUGGAAACCAGAUAAAAUGCUGUGCACAGUUUA